AUUUCCGCCAAAUCACUUCCAGGAUUAAUCACAUAGAAAAUGAUUUGAUUCUAUUAUUGUCGUAGGGAAAACAGAAUGCGUUUUGUAGGAUAGAUCUUGUAUUUAAUGACUUAAAGAAACUGUCAUGAUGUUCAACAUGGCCUGUAAAGGAAAACUUAUCAAUAAGGCGUUGUACACAACGCUCAUGGUUGUGAUCUGCUUACAGUUGCUCAGUACACUGGAACGACAAGUGUUUGAUUUUCUGGGAUACAUGUGGGCACCCAUUAUUGCCAACACAGUUCAAAUCAUCUGUUGCAUUUUGGGAUGUUUUGGAACAUAUCAAAUGAAAGCACAGUAUGUUGCAGUGUACUCAACAUGGUCGUUGAUGUGGCUGGGAUGGAAUAUAUUUGUCAUUUGUCUGUAUUUAGAAGUUGGUGUACUUAACAGAAACAGAGAUUUGUUCAUAUUAACCAUUGGUACGAAGAACAAGAGUUGGUGGCUAGAACACGGAAUAGGAUGUAAAAUUACAAACAACACGUGGAUGAACGAUAAUCCCGUGCGGACAAGUCGUCUGAUUCCCCCAGAGGAGGUAGUGGAAGGCUGCCUUCUGGAUUACUAUUACGUCGAGGUCAUCCAUGCUGGAGUUCAAUGUUUGUUAGCCUUAAUCGGAUUUACAUCUUCAUGUGUCAACAUAUCUGCAUUUAAUGAAGAAGAAGAGAGUUCACCUCAAAAUGUUGCCAGAGAAAAAGGUGGAAAAUCUUCUUCUUCAGCAAAUGAUGAGCUAGAGUUUGUUAAAAUGUAUUCCAAUUCUUCCCCCUCCAGACGUCGAUAUCAAAGUAAUGACAAUAUGACCUUGUCUUAUGACAACCCAGGCAGUGAAUUCCCCACUCUGGACCGACCCCCGAGUUAUGAAACCAGCAUGAGAGACAGCACCACAGUUGACAUUUAUGGCGCUGAUAGGCGCAGUGUUCGAAGUGUUCGCAGCAUCAGAUCUAAAGCUAGUAAUAAAUCAAAGAAAAAUGAAAGAAGGGAAGAAUUACCAUGGGUUCAAAUUACUCCCUCUGCAAACAGCAUAGACCAGCCAUUCCGGCAUUAUCCAUAGAGGUUCCAUAGAUCUUAUGACAUUCUAUAUUCAUAUGUUUUAUUUAUAGAAAUGACCUCAUGUGGUACUCUAAUUCAUGUACUGGUACAUGAAAUCCAUGGAUAUAUUUCAUUUGCAUGGGUAUUUAGACAAGUGUGGAAGGAACUCACUGACUAUGAAAAUUUAUUGUAGACAUUUAGUAUCCCAAGCACUCUGUACUAAUGUGUAAAGUGUUUGUACAAUGUGAAUUACAUUUUAAGUGAUGAUAAUUAUGUGUACUUAAGUGAUAGUGCUGUAGAUUUAUUUUGAUUGUAUCUUGAUGCAUAGAACAACAGUUUAUGAAACCAGAGCCUGGGUUCUCUGAUGAAAAUUUAUUUAAGAGAGUUAUAAGUACAAAAUGUAUAUGGCAAAAUGUUUACUUGUGCUUCAACAGCUAUUGACUUUGGAGGCGGAAGCUGUCGUACAAGCAUGUCUUAUUGGUCAGACUUUUUUUUCUAACUUACUUCUCAUUGUAAUAUUUUCAUUUAAUUAAUCCAUCUUAUUGUGAAUUGAGAGGCAAUUAUUAAUGGUGCAAUGGAUAAACACAGUCAUUGAUCAACACAUAAUGUGACAAUUUACCAUUAUGGAAAUAGCUUUUGCUUCAACAUGUCAAUAUAUUAUCAUUAAAUGUUGAUGAUUAGCUAGAUAUGUGCAUGUAGCUUUACCGCUCAAACUGUAAAAGCUAGCAAUAACUGAUGAGUCAUUUACUGGAUUCUGUGUGGUUCAUGUUCUGUUUGUGUUCCUUCAAAACACAUGGACAUUGUACAUCUGUAUGUAUGUUGUAAAAGGACGUGAAUUCCAGGGUUAAUUAUGACAUUCUCCAAGUAGAUUUAAGAAAUCUGGUGUUCCUUUCAAAUUCCUUCUUGGUGUAGGAAUGAUUUGUAGAAGGAAAUAUACUUCAAGAUGUGAAACCUAUGUACAUGUUCUCGACAUUGAACAAAGAUUUCAAUAGUGCCAUGAAGAGAUUGUGAUUAUGAGUGUCUAAUAGUAUGAGUGAUAAAUAAGCUUUAUGUAGGAAAAUAAAAUAGGCUUGUUGACUAAUUGAUGUGUGAAGUGGAUGUUUGUAAGUGCGGAUAUUCAUGGUAAAAAUUAUUAUAUAUUUUAUUUUUUUUUCACAAUUUCUUUAGUGUUAUCUAUGUUUAUCUAGCUUUACUAGAAAAUAAAAUAUAACGUGCCUGUGAGUUAGCUGCAGAACUGUAAUUCUCUGGGAUGAAAAUGGAUGUAUUUAACACAUCCCUCCACACCCCUCCAGAGCCACAAUUUUGUAGCUACCUGUAAGUACAUGUAUAUGAUUAACAGAUCUUGAAGAAAAUACGAAAAUACACGUUUAUUUUUAGUGGAGCAAUGUGUAUAUGUAGACAGGCCUAGCGGUAACUAGAUGUUUCCCCCUAUGAAAAUUGAAGAAAAAUUAUUUCAAUUUUUAUGAAAAACAGAUGAGAAAAAUACUAGUUCAUCAUCCAGAUAUAUGUAUUAACCCUGUAUGGAUUUUAACUAGGUAGAAAAUAUCUCAAUUUAUAGCUUAAAAGAUGAAAAUAUGUACAGUCAUGGUCAGGUGUUGUAUGUAUUUUGACAGUUUUGUGAAAAUGCCACAUGAAUCUCUCCCAUCCCCACCCCCUUCUGUAGAUUGGAUGAAAACGAGUAUGUAAAGUUAACAUUUUGUAUACCAUAUAAAGACAAUGGUACCUGUAUUUGUGACUUUGGUCAUGAAAAAAUGUCCAAGAUAAUGUGGGUCCAAUAUAUCAUUGUCAGAUAUUUAUUUCGUUUCUUUAACUAGAAUUUAUUGUUUUUAUUGAAAUGGUUAGAUUUCAUUCAUAAUCUGUAUAUAUUUGGUUCGAGUUAAUUUUCCUUUUAUCGGCCAAACAGGUCUCUCUAAGGAUUUUUUUUUUUUACUGUGUUCGUCGUGUACAUGCUUUAAACAUUGUAAUAUUAGUGCUUAUUUUGCACACUACUGUAGAUUUGUUACUGGUCAGUUAAGUGUUUGUUGAAAAUAAACACAGAGUUUACAUUU